UACGGAUCUAGUACGGUUCAUGGAAAUUAUCCAGGGCAUCUGGAACCAGUCUAUAAAAUGGCAGCUAGAAGGAUUACUAAAAAUUGGCUACGUUUUGCUAAAAUACAUCAGAAUAAACCCACUGCCUCCUUGGUUUUUAAAAGAAACCUUUUAGAAAGACCUGCGACUCAUUGUCAAAGUGUACAGAAUAUUCAUGUUUCUGCAUGCCUGAAUGAACUGGUUCAAUUUAAUCUGUCAGAUAUAGGUGAAGGUAUCAGAGAGGUCCAGAUUAAAGAAUGGUACGUGAAUGAGGGUGACACAGUCAGUCAGUUUGACAGUCUAUGUGAGGUACAGAGUGACAAAGCCUCUGUUACUAUCACCAGUAGAUUUGACGGAGUUGUGAAGAAACUUUGCUACAAUAUAGAUGAUAUUGCCCUCGUUGGAAAACCACUUGUAGAGAUAGAAACAAAUGCGGCUGCCUCUUCAGAUGUGAAGGUUGAUAAAUUUGAGGAUGAUAGCUCCUCCUCCUCUUCAUCUAGUGACAGUGAUUCGUCCAUGAUGCAGAGGGUAAAAGGUCAUAAGGUAUUGGCCACACCCUCUGUCAGAAAAAUAGCAAUGGAAAAUAAGAUACGAUUAAGUGAUGUUGUUGGAACAGGUAGAGAUGGUAGAAUAUUGAAGGAGGACAUUGUAAGAUUCUUAGAUGGAAAACAGACUGCAGCUCCUAAACCAUCAAAAGACAUUAAAGUUGAGGUCAAACCAGAAAUAAAACGGGUACCGGAAAGAGCACCAGCUGAAAUUCCCGAAAUUGAUGUAACAUACCGGCCCCUGUCCGUGCUUGGUAAGGACCAUACUGAGGCAAUUAAGGGUAUACGUAAAGCUAUGGUGAAAACAAUGACCGCUGCACAAGCUAUACCGCACUUUGGUUAUUACGAUGAAAUUGAUAUGACAUCAUUAGUGAAAUUUAAACAAGAUGUGGGUGGAGAGAUGGCCAAAAGAGGUCUGAAGUUUUCUUACAUGCCGGUUUUUAUAAAGGCAGCAUCUAUGGCAUUAAUCCAAUAUCCGAUCCUGAACUCAAGUGUUGAUGAAAAAUGUGAAAAUAUAACAUAUAAGGCUUCUCACAAUAUAGGCAUAGCAAUGGAUAUAAGAAAUGAGCUUAUGGUACCAUGUAUCAAGGAUGUACAAUCAUUGAGCAUUUUUGAGAUUGCAGCAGAGCUACUCCGACUGAGAGAUCUUGGUAUAAAGGGUAAACUUGGUACUGAUGACCUGUCUGGUGGAACAUUUUCUCUUUCAAAUAUAGGAUCAAUUGGUGGAACCUAUGCACGACCUGUGAUACUCCCUCCCCAAGUAGCUAUUGGUGCUUUGGGUAAAAUACAGGCUUUACCAAGAUUUGACGAGAACGACACUGUGGUUAAACGACACAUUAUGCAAGUCAGCUGGUCUGCCGAUCAUCGUGUGAUAGAGGGCGCCACUAUGGCGAGAUUCUCGAAUCUCUGGAAAUCAUAUCUGGAGAAUCCAAAAACACUUAUACUUGAUAUGAAAUGAAACUAAAUUUAAGUGUUAAAAAAGUGUGAAGUGAAUAAUUUGGAAAUUUAGACCAACAAAACCAAACCAAGCAAAACAACUAACAUUAAUGGGUUGUUUUUAAUUAAUUGAUAAGAUUUAUGACUUACUGUAUGUAUUUAAAUGAAAUUAGCGUGUUGUGAAAUGAUUGUUUAGGCUUUGUGACUAUUUGUAUAGAACAUAAUCAGAACUUUUACUUUAGAACAAUUUCAAGAUGAUUAAAAGAGCUUUCAUUAUUUUAAAAUAACACACUUGCAUACACAUGGGUUUUUCUUUGUUAAUUGUUGUUUGCGUAAGGUGAUGUUCAUAAACACUGAUAUCUUUAUUUUUACCUCAUUCUUUUUUUGAUUUUUUACAUUCUUUUCAGUCAGAAGGUUUACAUCUGUGAAUUUUUUAUUGUUUUAUGUAACAUAGACUUGUUGUGUAAAUAGCAAAAGCUAAAAAAAAAAUUUUUCAGUGUAGUGAGUGUAGUUAUACAUUUUAAGGCUAUGGUCUUCAGAUACACAAUAAUAUACUUGUAUUUUUUUUGAUUGUGUAAAAUUAUUGCAUUCCUUGAAAUAGGUGCAUUAGAAUUUUCCAGCUUUGGUCCUCAAUUUGGACAUCAGGUUCAUUUAUGUAUGACCAAUUUUAUCCCUUUUACUUUCACUCUUCCCAACUUAACCACUUGUUUGGGAAAUGAAAAUUUGACCUUGGAUUACCUUAAAAUGUGAAUCAGCAACCUACUUCUAAAUUGAAGAAAUUAUGACCAAUUCUAGCAAUGGAUAACUUAAGAAUUUUCCAGGGCCAUGAUCAGCCUCUUUAUCAUUUUCAAUAAUUAGUGUAAAUGUAUUUUUUUGAUUACCCAAAACGCAGGGUAUUUUCUGUAAAAUACAUGUUUAUGACUAUGUCAAAUUGGUUAAUUUUCACAUAACACAGUAAACGGUACUUUUCACAUAAUACAAUGUACGAUUCAGUUAUGUUGCACAUUAAUAUUCAGUUAUAUUUCACAUAACAAUACACCGUUUCUAUUUACCAUUUGUGUCUCAUAACAUUAGAAUGUAAUUUUUCCAUGGUCUUAAGAGUUCUAAAUUUAAAUGAACUCAUUGAUAGGACAGGUAUAAAGCUUGAUUUAAAACAUUGUUUUAUGCACCAGUUAUUGUAAUCAUGGCCAACCCACCACUGGGUAAGUGCACACAAAGUGAGAUGGAGCAGGCUUUUGACCUCUCGUUUGUCCCAAGUUGCUAUAUUAAUGCGAUGAUUUUGUUUCGGCGCCAAACUGGCCGCAUGUAUGUUUCAGUGACAGGGGAUUUUGCUGGAAUUUAACCAUCUGAAUAUCUCUGUUAGAUUGGGAUUUAUCAGGGAUUGGAAAGUCGAAAUGUCAAAGUUCACGCUACUUGCCGAUGAUGGUGUGGCGAUGGUGUCAAUUAACUGGUGCAUUAUCAGCAAUUUGUUAUGCAUUGUUUGAGUUUGUUUGAAAUAUUUAUUGAUGCAUGAUUUUGUAAUAUAGAAUCUCAUAAUACCAAAUGAAAUAAAAAUCAUGAAAU